CAUUCCUCAACAGGAUUUGCAUCUCCAAUCGCAAAUUGUUUUCUGCUCCCUACGAGAGUGUAUUUCUAAUUUUCCUGCCCAGCAGGAAGCUUUCAUAGUCAUGCUCGAGCUGCUUCGACUCGCGAAGCGUUUCAUCUGAAAACUGUCGUGUUUCCAAAAAUGGAACAACAGCUCUCCAAACCAGAAUGCAAAAACAUGGAUGCGUGUCUGAGACGACUGAAGCAAGAACUGGUGUCUAUGAAAGAAGCCGGAGAUGGCCUCCACGCUCAGAUGAAUUCAAUGAUGGGAGCCCUCCAGGAACUCAAGCUUCUUCAGGUUCAGACAGCGCUAGAAAACCUUGAUAUUUCAGGUCGGCCCAUUAACAGAGGACUCCCACAUCCUGCUCUGUCAGAUCCUCCUGAAGCGUCAGCUACAGCGGCUUCAACCUCGGGCAAUUAUCACAGACCCUGCUUUCGCCAAACCAUGCGUGAGGAGCACAGCCACAGUCCGAUGCCAAGUCCAAGGCCGUCUCUGGAAAGCAGAAACACCUUCAGCCGAGAUGACAGGAGCCCGUCUCAAAACAGAAGCAGCCUGGGAACCUCGUCCUCCUCUGCAUCCAGCCUUGAGAGUGAGAUAAGUGAAAGAAGUGAAAGAAGUGAAAGAAGUGCACGUUGCGAGAAUGACCUUGAGUCUAUACCCAAGAGGUGGUCGGGAUAUGCCGCCCCGCAGGUGGAUUUCUAUGGACCUAUGGUGGGAAACCCUCCGCCAGAGCCCUACACUCAUCCACAGGCUCCCAGUCGUGCUCAGGUGGUGGACCUCCCCGGGAUCCUGUACAGCCUCUCAAGAGAGGGCCCUUCAUUGGACAGUGACUACUCCCAGGACAGUACAGACGACGGCAGCGACUGGACUUCUUCGCUCAUGAGCCGCAGCCGCAACCGUCAGCCCUUAGUGCUGGGUGACAACGUCUUUGCCGACCUCGUGGGAAACUGGCUGGACUUGCCCGAGGUGGAAAGGGAUGAGGGGGAAGAAGAGGAGAGUAACAAGAGGAGAGAGGAGAGGACAGCUGAUGGAGGGGCGGACAGACCGGACACACCAGCGCACCCUCUCCGCCUCAGCCGCUCGCAGGAGAUCUGCAGGAAGUUCUCGUUAACAACAAACAUCUUCAAGAAGUUCCUGCGCAGCGUCAGGCCAGACAGGGACAAGCUUCUCAAGGAGAGGCCUGGCUGGAUGGCUCCUGAACUGCCAGAGGGUGACCUCUUCAAAAGGCAUAAGAAACUGGUUUCUAAAAGUUCAAAAGGCAGCUUCUACCUGCCAUUCUGGGCAAGCGGACAGCAGGGCAAAGGCAGGCCGUGUCCGCAUCUAGCUGAAGCAGAGAGGAACCACCAACACUACUUCCCCCAGGCCCACCAGCAGCCAUUUGCUGGGAUUUACUUAGACAGGAGACAGCCAGAGACUGGUCUGGAGAAAAUGCAGCCCUUGUUUGACUACAACACAGCUGUGUGGGUCUGACAGUGAAGCCAACAGACUGCCAGUGAUGCCAGACUGAGUGAGUGACAGGUGCUGGGGGAUUCUGGCUGUGCUGGAGGGGGAUGAAUGAAUAACUUAAUGAGAGGUUUGGACACAGUUAUCUUCCAAAAAUGAACCGAUGAGCUUCACACCCACAAGAUUAUCAUUUUGUCUGACAAUCCUAAAACCUAAAACUCGUUUGCUGUGCGUGUCUAGGCGUGUGAGUGCUGGAGAGUGUCUGAGUUAGAGAGAGACAUUUUUAAGGAAAGUUUUGUAUUAUUCAAAUUUCUUCAUAUGCGUGCGUGCAUGUAUGACUGGGUUCUCUGGAUGUCUUACAAGAUGGUACUUUGACAUGGACAUCGCUCUCAGAAUGUCACCAUCAUCAGAGAUCUUUCCAUCCACAGACUUUUUCACAACGACUGUAUGCUACAGGAAACACACUGAAAUAUCUAACUACUUUGCAUCUUUGAAUAGAAACACCAACUGUUGGAUUGCAUGGUUAAUGUUUUUUUAGAAGUGAUGCUACAAACAGCUAUUACUGAACGCACUGCCACUAAACUGUCAUAAGCUCCCUCUUGUUUCCAACAGGCCUUGACGCCCUGGAAACUCAGGUUUAACUGAAUUUGUCGGUCUCAUUCACUUUGCUCAGGGAAUGAAUGUUACACAGGAGUAAACUAUGAGACAAUGGUGCAUUUAAAUGGGUUUCAAAUACACUGUUAAAAAAAAAAAAUAUUCCUCAUCUUGCUUAGAAAGACAUAAUCAGCAAUAGUUGUGCUUGCUGUCAUGGAAAUACUCAUUUGCCGUGUAGACAUGGCACGUGUUGAGUCAACUAUCAGUCCUCCUCGUUGUUACGCAGUGAGAGGAGGGGGUAAAGAUGGCACAGCCACUACUGACUGACUGCCAUCUGGUAUCCAGUCAUUAUGUAAAGCUCAUUCGCCAAAAGCUCGAAGAAGAUGCAAAACGGGCUUGUUUAAUCUCAAAGCUUUGUGGAUGAGCUGAAUUUUGUUACAUACUGUGUAUAUACACACACACACACACACACACAGGUAAAUACAUUACAGGGCUGUGACAGGGAUGAGACAGUUGAGAGUGAAGGUAAAUAUCUGUAAUCUCGAUCAGACAGAAGCAAGGUAAAUGUAUUGAAAAUUGUACAUACUGUCAUCAACCAAACAGCAGCAAUAACAAACAUUUACUGCAAUGUCCCAUCGCAUGGUUUUCAUUAAUCUACACAGAUAAAUAUGUCACAGUAAUAUUACAGUUCAACAUGUUAACAUCACCACAGUUGUAUUUAAAUCACAAUCUGAUGAGUUAAUAUUUGACAUACAGUAUCUAUUCUCUUGUAUCAUAAUGAACAGUUUCUGUGUUUUUCCAUUUCAUGCAGCAUCGGUUACGAACGAACUUCAGCUUCCUUCACAAAUUCACAUAAAUAUCAGGAUUCCCUCAGGAUUACAGAGGACACUGCCCGCUCAGACUCAAAAUACUUUCUUUUUAUAGAGGACCACUGUUAUGCAAGGACAAUCUGAUACACUAACUUCUUAUUGUUAUGGAGAAAAAAAACUGUUAAUUUCACUCCGUUUUAAAAAAGGGAACCCAGACCAAUCAACUUAGCCAGCAGGGAUUAGGCCUUCGGUCUUUAGAGUGUCUUGGUCAGUCGAUCCAUAUGGUGUUGUCUCAGUAUUCAGGUCAAUACAUACUGCACAUUCAGAGGGUCCAACACACACACACACAGACGGUUUCUGCUGAGAAGGUUGUGCCAUGAGACACAGUCUGAGAUGUCAUAUCACACAGUAUGUGUAUGUAAAUGUAACAUUUAUUUCUUCCUAUUUACAGUUGUCCAAGUGUAAUUUUCCACACCAUUUUUCAUCAGGGUUCUGCGAACCUUCAGUAGUGAUUCUGUGUCAUGUGCACCAUAAAACUGUCACUGACUUUUUGUAAAUUAAAUCUGUUUUCAGAAAGAAA